CGAAGUACCGGACCGAAAUCCAGCAGCUCGUCUAUAUAAGCUCUCUCCGUCCUGUGCUUCUCGUACAACCUGUCACAGCUUUCAUGAGUUAUUCGAGUCACUGAUACUUCUCCUCUACCUUAAAUUCUCUUAUACCCCCCUAUUCAUCUACACCAUGUUUCACGAGUCUAUCAUGAUUCCUAUGGGAUACACAAUAGCUAACUUGUCUAAGAUGAUGUUCGUGUCCGGCGAAACUGGCGAGCCAACCCCGGAGACCACGACCUUGAUCGAGCAAAUCGUCCAAGAUCAGGUUCAGCAUAUGCUCCGAGAGUGUACGAAUCUCGCUACCCGUCGUGGCUCCAAAUCAAUCAGCACAGAUGACCUGUUCAUGCUUAUCCGGCAUGACCGCGCCAAAAUCUCCCGCCUUCGCCAUUUUCUGCAGUGGAAGGAUGUCCGUCGCUCUGUUAAAGACAGUGACGAUAAGGGCGGCGAUGCCGGCGCGGACGUAGGUGCUGAUGCGGAUCUCUUGCCUGGAGCUGGCGCUGGACCUGGAGCACCUGGAGGCGGCAUGGACGCGGGGAAGAAGGCCAAGCGUGCGAAGGUUGAUCUUGUUUGGGACGUGCAGUCCUUCUUCGGCGAGAAUCCUCCCUUGAUGGAUGAUGUCGAAGACGAGGAAGAAGAAGAGAUGACUUACGCGACCCUCCUGCGUCUCAAGAACGCUGAUGAGCGCACCAAGCACAUGACUCGCGAGGAAUACGUCCACUGGUCUGACUGCCGUCAAGCUUCUUUCACGUAUCGUAAAGGCAAGCGCUUCAAGGAGUGGGCUGGCUUUGGCCUCAUCACGGAUUCCAAGCCUUCCGACGACAUCAUCGAUAUCCUCGGUUUCCUCACUUUUGAGAUCGUGCAGACAUUGACCGAGGAAGCACUGAAGGUCAAGCAUGCCGAGGAUCUCUACAAGAAGAGCAACGGUGGCGGAGGGAAAGAGGAGAAGAGCUUGAAGCGCAAGCGCGAGAGGGGUCUAUUUGAUCCUCCAGAGGAGGCUAGGGAGCCCGUUCAGACGGCACACGUGCAGGAGGCUUAUCGCCGGUUGCAGAAGGGCAACAACAAGAGCAAGGCCAUGUUGAAUUUCACGAAGACUGUGCACCGUUCGGCUUUACGACUGAUUUGACAUUAUUCAACUCGCGAGGCUAUUACGAUUGGGCAGUUCGGCGUUAUGGUUCAUUGAGAGACGUUAUACCCCAGGUACAGACUUGUCACAUGUCAUGCCACCAUGCAGUGUGGUAUUUUGCGGCAUCGAAGCCAUGCUGAAGCAUUCCUGCAUGCAUUCAUCUUAUUUUGUCACU